AGCGCUUCCUGCCGGGGACUCGGCGUCGCCGGGCGGUCCCUUUGCCUCCCUCGACGGCCGCAGGCUAGCGAGGGGGCUCACGUGACCGCUCGCCCCCCCCCCGGCGGCAGUCACGUGCCACAUCAUGGCUGCGCCCGGGAGGCCCUGGCCGCGCUCAGCGGAGUGGCCGCUCCUGCUCCUCCGCCUUUGCCUGUGCCUGGUGGCGGGGGGAGCCGGAGCGCUAGCCCAGGUGACGGGGACCGAGGUCCGCCGGGCGGCCUCCGCCGCCGCCUCGCCCUCUCCCUUGCCGGUCUGCGGCUGCUGCGCGGGGCCUGUGCGGAACGGCUCUGCGACGGCCGCCCUCUGCGGCUCUCGGGCGGGCGCGGUGCGGCGGGGCCGCUGCUGCUUGGACGGGCCGCCGGAGCGGGAGACCGUCGUGGGGCUGGAUCUGGGGAACUGCUCGCUGCUCCAGCUGUGUCCCAGCUUCCAGGAGGCCAGCACUGCUUUGGUCAUUGACCUGACGGACAAUCCUUUGGGGCGCCCCCCUGAGGAAGCCUUUCGGGGAUUCACCCAGCUGCAGGUCUUAACGUUGCCACUGACGCUGGGCUGUCCUGGAGGCAACAGAAGCUGGGACAAUGUCACCAUCCAAGGGAGCAUCCGGCUGUGCCAAAGCCAGAAGAACCCCUGCAAUGGCUCAGGGGAGCUCGGCUGGCUGUGCCCGGAGGAUUCACUCUGCGCUCCGGACGGCCCGGGCUUGUCCCAGUGCCUCUGUGUCGGCCCAUUCCAUGGCUACAAGUGCUUGCGCCAGGGCACCUUCCCCUCCCUGCUCUUCUUUGGGACCUUGGGAACCAUCACUGCCACCCUCUCCAUCCUGCUCUGGCUCACCCAGCGGCGGAAGGCCAAGAUCUCUUAGCAGUCUGGCCCACCUCCUGGCCCACUGCUGGAGAUAAACCCUUUGGAUUGUGCAACAGGGUCGUAAUAAAGUAACCACAGCUGAACGGGAAUGUGGAGAGGAACGGUCCUUGUGGUGGGCCCAAGCCCCCGCGGGCUCAGUUGCAGGUCCUUUGUUCUGCACCUGGAUGCUGCUGGCCUGAGGCUCCUGGCCCCUGCUCCCUUGUGUGGAGGAAGAGGCGUUGCUGAUUCCCAGGAUUCCCAGCCAUGCCCUCUUUGAUAUCUUGCCUGUAGGGUACUCACAAGCCUCACUGUAGCUGUAGCAGCUACCCUUGGGACCUGAAAAGACCCUCAUGGAUUGUAUCCGUGAUGCAGCCUAAGUGGACGUUUGUCCCUUGCUGUCUUCAUGCAUGGAACUGUCUCCCAGAAAGCAUGCAGGGUGCUUCGCUCUGCCCUGCCCCCACUCCCGGCUCUCUUUCCAAAGCCAUGGAGCUUUCCUUAUAAACACUUACUCCUCAGCCCCACCCCAUCCCAGCAAAAGCCAAGCUAGAGCAUGUGCAACUCUAUUUGAACCCACUCAUCUGUUGCAACCCCCCCCAUCGUUGAAUUACAAGAACUUCAUUUUUCUGCUUUCUGAAGUACCCUGUGUGUUGAUGUGGGUUGGAAAAAAUAUCAGCAGUGUGUGCUGGAUCCUGGCUGCCUCAGCCAGCUGCCAUGCUCAUCCCUGGCAUUUAAGCAGGAUGGUCCCAAGGCUGCAUAAUGCACAGUUUGGCUCUGCCUCUUGUGAAGAGGCACCUGCGGUCCCUUGGGGGGACCGUGGCUGCUCAUUUUUCCUUUUGUGAAAGAUUAAGUGCUUUCUGGACCAUAUUAGAGGUCCCUACUUUGCAGGGGAUUAAUUGUUGACUGUUGCCCAAGGAUCCUUGUUGCUCCUUCAGUUGGCCAAAAGAGUCCUGGAGGGUGCCAUGAAAUGUGUUUUUGGGAGGAGAGACAUGUGCAUCGUAUGCUGAGUCUAAAGGCAGAGUCACAUAGAAGUUGGGAGAGAGUAGCUGUGUCUUUGCCUGCCUAACACUCCAGAGGGCAGAUGGAGACAAAUUCCAAAACUCUGAAUGGAUGCUGGUGCACAUGGCUUGAGGAAGCCGAGGGAGUCAACAGGCCUCAAUGAGCCUUUCUACGCUUGUAUACAGAAUUCAAUAAACUAUGUGAGCCUUC